AUGUCCUCCACUUCCGACCUGCGUAAGCGGAAAUCCAACCCCGUCCUACGAUCAGACGACAUUCGCAAUGGAAACUCGACGGCUUUGCUCAAAGUCAAUGCGGUUCCGACAGAGCACGGACAAGAGAUGGACAAGAAGUUGGAUGAGCACCAGACAUACGAAUUCGGAGGGCCCGUUGGCGUCACGGCGAUGAUGGUCGGCUUUCCACUGCUCAUGUACUACCUCUGGAUAUGCCUUUGGUACUACCAAGGGAGAUUCGUCCAUCCGACCUCGGUGGAGGACAUUGGACCUUUCUUCCGCCGGAUGUGGAUGCAUUGUCUCGAUGGCGCGUACCCCAACGCUUUCGCUUGGAAGACUUACCUCGGCUUGACAUUCGGCGAACUCUUCUUCGCGGCCGUGUUGCCCGGAGUCACCCAAAACGGUCUACCGGUCCCAUCCUUGAACUAUGCCACCCUGCCAUACCACUGCAACGCCCUUUUUUCAUGGUACUCCACCCUCCUCGUUGCUUUCGGUCUACACAAGACUGGGAUCUUCCGGCUCCCAUGGAUCAUUGAAAACUUUGGUCAUCUGAUGACCGUCGCCAUCAUCACCUCAUUCGCUUGCUCCCUCGCCAUGGAUCUCUUGGCUAGAGGUUUCCACUGGGGAGGUAAACCAUUGAGAUUGAGCCACAACCUCGUCUACGACCAUUUCAUGGGCAUCUCACUCAAUCCGCGUCUCGGACCAGUCGACCUCAAGAUGUUUGCUGAAGUCAGAGUCCCAUGGGUCCUCUUGUUUCUCAUCUCUGUAUCUGGCGCUGUCAAACAGUAUGAAGAACUCGGAAGAGUCACCUACAACAUGGCACACAUGGUCUUUGCAACGGGGCUGUACAUCAACGCGUGCGCGAAAGCCGAGCACAUGAUCCCACAGACUUGGGACAUGUUCCAUGAAAAGUUUGGAUGGAUGUUGAUCUUUUGGAAUAUGGCCGGAGUACCAUUCACCUACUGCUACCCCACCAUCUUCAUGGUUCGUGCCUCGCCAUCGACCUACGAAUUCCCACUCUGGGGCAACAUUGCCAUGUUUGUCACCCUUUGCACUUGCUACUACAUCUUUGACUCGUCCAUGGCCCAGAAAUCGACGUUCAAGAUGCAACAGCAGGGCGACUACAAGCCUCGAAAUGCUUUCCCCGUGGUCCCUUGGUCAGAGGUCAAGAACCCGACGUACAUCCAGACAAAACACGGCAACAAGCUUCUCACUUGUGGGUGGUGGCAAUUCGCUCGAAAGAUCAAUUACACUGCCGAUUGGUUCCAAGCUCUGACGUGGGGUCUUACGGGAGGCUUCAACACGCCCAUCACCUUGUUUUAUCCAAUCUUCUUCCUCGCAGUGUUGAUCCAUCGAUGUGGGCGAGACUUUGAAAAGUGCGCGCUCAAGUAUGGAGAUGACUGGGUAGAGUAUUGCAAAGUGGUUAAAUACAAGUUUAUACCCGGUAUCUACUAG